AAAAAACUCAAAAAUCUUUGAAUAGGAAGACCCUUCCUAAGACGACAGUCUUCCCCAACACAAAAACCUAACCUCAACUCCGCCAAACCACCUUGAAAAUCCAUACUAUCCAUGUACCUGUAUAUAUAACAACUAAGCACAAGAGAUUUUGCAGAGAGAAAGAGGAGAGAGAGAGAGAGAGACUCACCAACCCCUCUUCUCUCUCUCUCUAAUAACAUUUUAACAAAAAUCUUUGCUCGAAGUUCCUACCCUUUUUUUUCCCUUCUCUUGUUUUCCCCGCUACUUCUCCCUCGCGGAUUUUUUUUUUUGUUUUUUUUUUUGCAAUUCUACCUCAUACCCGGCUUUCAAAAAUGGAUUUUUUAGGUUCCCAUUCGCUCAAAUUCCAAUCUUGUCAUGUCUAAAACAUCUGGUUUGGGAUUUUGGGUAUUCAUUAAAGCAUAGGACGUUGUUAAAAGGUUUUGAUUCAUGGGCAGGGGUGGAAACCAGUUGUUUGAUGAUAGUAGAGAUGUGUUUCUCUCGGUUGCCUGUUUGGGGUCUCAAUGGGGUAACGUUCAGGAUGUGCAGUAUCUCCCUAAAGGAGGUCUUUUUGCUAGUGUUAAUCUAAUGGGUAUGGGGGACAACAGCAACUUAAAGUCUUUGUACAAUGAUUUGUAUGUUAAGUACUUGUCCUUUGUUGGUUUUCAGGAGGAGGGGGUUUUGAAGAAAAAGAAAGGUGGGCUUAAGUUGAAGAUUAAGGUUAAAAAUCCUUCGUUAAGAAGGCUGAUUAGUGGAGGGAUUGCUGGUGCUAUUUCAAGGACUGCAGUGGCUCCUUUGGAGACUAUUAGAACUCAUUUGAUGGUGGGGAGUAGCGGACAUAGUACAACCGAGGUUUUUAAAAAUAUAAUGCAGACUGAUGGAUGGAAAGGGUUGUUCAGAGGCAAUUUGGUUAAUGUGAUUCGUGUUGCACCUAGCAAGGCCAUUGAGCUUUUUGCAUAUGAUACGGUAAACAAGAAGUUGUCACCUGCACCGGGGGAGCAGCCCAAGCUUCCAAUUCCUGCAUCUUUAAUUGCUGGUGCAUGUGCUGGAGUGAGCUCUACUUUGUGCAUGUAUCCGCUUGAGUUAGUCAAGACUCGAUUAACUAUACAGAGAGAUGUUUAUAAUGGUAUAGUACAUGCAUUCUUAAAAAUACUGCAUGAAGAGGGCCCUGGAGAACUCUACAGAGGUCUUGCUCCCAGCCUCAUUGGAGUUAUUCCAUAUGCUGCUACAAAUUACUUUGCCUACGACACAUUACGGAAAGCCUAUCGAGAAUAUUUUAAGCAAGAGAAGAUUGGCAACAUUGAAACUCUUCUAAUCGGAUCUGCUGCUGGUGCCAUAUCAAGUAGUGCAACUUUCCCGCUUGAAGUUGCUCGCAAGCACAUGCAGGUAGGAGCUCUCAGCGGAAGACAAGUAUACAAGAAUGUGAUCCAUGCCCUAGCUUGCAUACUGGAACGAGAAGGUAUCCAGGGGUUAUAUAAAGGGCUGGGACCCAGUUGCAUGAAGUUGGUUCCUGCUGCUGGGAUAUCUUUCAUGUGCUAUGAAGCAUGCAAAAGGAUACUUGUAGAGGAUGAUGAAAAAACAUGAAAGGAGCACGAGCCUCAGUGUUUCUGUCUUAAGCAGAAGGAAAAUUUGAGGUUUUAGUAAUUUUUAUCCAUACCAAGUUAACAUAUCUUGGGUUUUUGUCCCUGUUGAUUUUAUUUUAGGAAACGGUCCAAUAAACUUGUUUGCCAGGUUAGAAAACAUACAUCGCUUUUGUUUUCCUGGUUUUAUUGAAUUGAUCGGACAUUUACAUUUAAAAAAAUGUUAGUGAACUUGAAAAUUAUUCGAUUGCUA